GCAGGGGCGGGAAUCCGCGGCCUCUGUGGCAGCGGUGGACACGUCGAGCCGGGCAGAAGUGGAGGGGGCUUGUGAGGAGUCGUGAGGGGUGACGGGUUAAGGUUCUGAGAAGGAGGCUUCGGUGGCGGGACCCGACCUGGGAAGACUCUUUUGCUGCAUCCGAACUUUUCCUGGGAAAAUGAAUCAUUCCCACCAUAUGGGCCACAUGACCACCACAGCCUCACACUCCCAUGGUGGAGGAGACGGCAGCAUGAUGAUGAUGAUGCCUAUGACGUUCUACUUUGGCUUUAAGAAUGUGGAACUGUUGUUUUCUGGUUUGGUGAUCAAUACAGCUGGAGAAAUGGCUGGAGCUUUUGUGGCAGUGUUUCUACUAGCAAUGUUCUAUGAGGGACUCAAGAUAGCCCGAGAGAGCCUGCUACGGAAGUCACAAGUCAGCAUUCGCUACAAUUCCAUGCCUGUGCCAGGACCAAAUGGAACCAUCCUUAUGGAGACACAUAAAACUGUUGGGCAGCAGAUGCUAAGCUUUCCUCACCUCCUGCAAACAGUGCUGCAUAUCAUCCAGGUGGUCAUCAGCUACUUCCUCAUGCUCAUCUUCAUGACCUACAACGGGUACCUCUGUAUUGCCGUAGCAGCCGGGGCCGGGACAGGAUACUUUCUCUUCAGCUGGAAGAAAGCAGUGGUAGUGGACAUCACAGAGCAUUGUCAUUAACGUCAGACUCCAUGGUGUGGCCUUAAUGAUUGCAGUGGGAAGCAGUUUGAGACUGGAAGACAUGAUUCCUGCUCCAAUCAUCUCUUCUUGCUCCUCUUACACACACACACACACACACACACAGAGCUCAACAGAGGUUUAGUUUACAGUCCCUGGGGUAAAGUGGUAACCUCCUAAACUGUUUUUUUUCCUACUAAGUUGAGAUUCCCAUUUUUCUUAAAGAGAAGCCACCCGAGAUGUCUUUUUCCUCGUCAUCUUAGAUCCCAUUUAUAUGUUCUCGUCUAAUCUGGGUAGCUUUCUAUUCAAUGACUUGGUCAUCUGCUUCCUUGUUUUAUCUUCUUGGUUUCUUUUAGCAGACAGCAUAUGAAUUUGUUUUUUGUUUUGUUUUGUUUUGUUGUUUUGUUUUUCCCUGAGUCAGUGAUGGAAAGGGUUUGACUUUGAGCAGGAUUAAUGGCAGGUGAGGGAAAUUCUUGUCCAACUACACCCGGAACUCAAACUUAACAUUAGAAAAUGAGUUCUAGUCUUUGGACUCAAUAAGUGGGAAAUACCCUGUGCCUUUCUCCAGUUGUGAUGUUUUGCACCAAAACCUUUGUAGUGUGCAGAGGGGUGGUUGAGGCUAAUUCCAGGCUCAGGGCUUGCAGAGUGUGUAUUCUUGAGUUGCUAACUCAUCAAUUUUAUGUUCCCACUUACCAUUUUGAUUAGGAUGAAUUUGCUAAUCAAAAAAAAAAAGACAAUCAAUUUGAGAGAAAAGAAACAGAUAUUUUAAAAUAAAACUGUAAAGCCAUUGGCAUUUUACUUUGACUUAGUACCUUGGUUUGUCUCAGCUGAAUGAAGCAAGAGUUUGAAAUUUUUCCCAUUACUGUUUUCAUGUGUUUGUCUCCAAACCAGUGAUUUUUUUUUUUUUACAGGCAGAGUGGACAGUGAGAGAAAGAGACAGAGAGAAAGGUCUUCCUUUGCCGUUGGUUCACCCUCCAAUGGCUGUUGCGGCCAGCGUGCUGUGGCCGGCGCACCGCGCUGAUCCCAUGGCAGGAGCCAGGUACUUAUCCUGGUCUCCCAUGGGGUGCAGGGCCCAAGUACUUGGGCCAUCCUCCACUGCACUCCCUGGCCACAGCAGAGAGCUGGCCUGGAAGAGGGGCAACCGGGACAGAAUCCGGCGCCCUGACCGGGACUAGAACCCGGUGUGCCUGCGCCACAAGGCGGAGGAUUAGCCUAGUGAGCUGUAGCACCGGCAUGCAAACCAGUGAUUUUCAAAGUUGAGCAUGCAUCAGAACUAGCAGCUGACACACUAAUUGCUGGGCCUUAAUCCCAGAGCCCCAAAAUUGGUAUUUCUGGGUUCUUGAUUGUUGUUCCAAUUGAUGGUCAAGGGGGCCCACACUUACUCUGCUUUAAAUUAAGGAAGCAUCAUCUGGUAUCGGGCAUGGAAAUUUGAAUUGCUGAUGGGUAGGUUGUACAUCUGGGCAUAAUUCACGUCAUAAAUGCUGCUGGUCAAUACUUAAGCAUUCCAAAGACUGUUGUGCAGCUCCAUCUGUGUACACCUAUACCUGCACCUUUGCGCAUUUGCAGGAAGGGCUGCAGCCAAAGUACUCUGAUCAGCAUGGAUGAAAUCACUACUCCUCGGUUUUAAAGAGCUGUGGUUUCUUGGAAGGAGUUUGAAGGUUGAGAGAGACCUUUGACCUGUGGUGUAAAUCAGCCAGCCUGGGCCAGAAGGGCCAAAGCUCAGCUUUCUCUUUGGAGAAACUCAGGGUGCGGCCCACUGAUGGCCAGAUUUGCAUCAGCCCCAGCAUCCAUGCCCACGCCAGGCAGAUCCCCAUCCUCUGAAAGACCAUCUUUGUCACUGUUAGGGGCUUCAUUAGAUCACAAGUGGCUAGAAACCUCUUUUCUAAGUGAAGAAUCCCAUUGGAUGUUUAUUGUUAGUCUCUACUGCAGCCUUGUUUCAGUCCAAACUACCUCGGUACAGUGAAUCUUCCGUGCUGGUCUGCUCAACCCUGCCCUCCUCGGAGCCAGACACAGCCGUGCCUCGGGCAGAGCUGUCCUGUUGGCUUGUGUUGUGGUUUUGAAGUUUGUACUUUCUCUGUGGAUGCCAGUUAAAUAUUGGAGAGUGAGGAGUGUGUACUUCUAUGGCUUUGAACCAAGAGAGGGUGACGAGCCUACUAGAUCGAGGUUAAAAUCCAAGAACCAACAUUUUAGAGCUUUGUGCUUUUCUCUCAUUUCAUCCGCUUGAAGCCCUGGUAACUUAGCAUGGGCAGAGUGAAUUCCGGGUACUGACAAGAGUCCAGCACUAAAGGUGCAAAUAGCCCAUGGCUGUCUCGGAAGCCAAGGAAUCAUAAAACCAUGAGAACCAAGUAAGAAUCAAGGUUUAGUAGUGACUCUGGUGCUCUCUAGACAUCUCAGCAUGAGCUGCUAUAAAAUACCUUCCCAGUACUGGGACCUUAUCAGUAAGGUAAGAAAAACCGUUAUAAAUCUGAAACUAACAAAGAAAAACCUCUUCAGGAUAGAGAUAAUCUCCUGGAAAACCUGACUUUUAGAGGUUCAGGGUUGCCAAAGGAUGAAGCUGGUGAAUGAGAAAAAAGUUUAAAUUCUUUCCGUCUUUCCUGAGCUGUGGGAUUGUCAUAAUAUAAUGACCUUGUCUCGUUGACUUUGAUUUCUGAACUCCUAUUCAUUUGGAAUUUGAUGCCUUGAUGUCUUUGUUCACUUUGGACCGAAACUUCUCUUUUCCUCCUUCCCUGUGCACAGCUGUUAGGAGACUGUACCCUCACCUCUUUGGCCUCCUAUUCUGCUCUCCUUUUCCCUUCCUGACUUCCGGUCUUUUAUCCCCAUCGUCUAGUUUGUUCAAUCUCCCUAGCCCUCCUGAUGCAGUGGGCAUUGCCAUUUGUAGAUGUAAAUACCAGAAGUUGGUAUUUAGAAACCUGUUAGAGACCUUAAGCACGCUUCAAGAAACAACUGCCCACUGGAAUUUUUGUAAGUCUGGGAAAAGGUACCUCGUACUCUCCUCAGAGUUACAGACUUAGGUGCUGUCUCCAGUGUCUGAUGGAGGAACACUCAACACCCGCAUUGCCCACAAACAGGGAACCCUCACUCUGUCCAUCGGGGAUUAGAAAGUUUCCUCACUACUUCUGUAGUAGGGUUGUCCAGAAUUCCCUUUCAGGCUGUGGGUACUGGUCUUGGGUUCUAAUCACAGGAGAUUCCUUGCAAAGGAGCUGGAGGAAAGAGGGCAUGGGGUACAGUUUCAUGUCAUUUAAUUUUGAUCCUGCCCUCCUCAGCUGCUUCUUCAAAAGAUACAACUAAAGAUAGACAGUCCUCGUUUAAUAUAAUGCCUUAAUCACUGGGUCUACAAUUAAUGUUGACUGUUUUAGAUUGUACGCUCCUGGAGAGCAGUAUGGCUGUAGUCAGAAUGUUUUAACAGUGUCAUGUGCAAAAGAACAAAAUAAAUAUUUUGAUUUUGUGAUUGUA